UCGAGGUAUAACAUUCCUCCAGACGAUUUCGCUUACGUUGAACAGAUACGGUAGUACAACAAAACAGUCCGAAAGAUGAUGAUACAAUUUAGUAACGCUUACAAAGCCACCUUGAAUGUGGUCGGAAUCUGGUCCAAGUGUUUAUGUGAAUCUGUGAAUUCACAGAAACAUAUAAUAAUAAAUCUUGAUGGGGUUUUUGCGUAAUUAUUCUUGAUCGGAAAAUGAGUGGAUUUGUAUGAAAUAAAUUUAUUCCAAUGAUCGAGGUGAACCAAAAAUGAAUUCAGCCAAGAGACAUAAUGACUAUCAAACAAAUUAAAAUGAUACCAAAUUAGAAAGGAUGGAGGACGACCGAGGGGAAUGCGGCUUGUACUGUCCGGGAAGUUACACGAAGCCAGAAUUUCGUCCACCGGAAGGUUUUAACAUCCCUAAGUACGUGGCGGGUAAUUUGAAAGUGCGGGCAUCGCUGCAGAGAAGCACGCCUGGACCUCGAGUUUUGCGUCCACCAAAAAUUCAGCACACACAUCGUCCAAUGGAGAUGCCAACGUGCCGUGACAACUUCGCGAUAGCGAAAAAAUUUCACACCGAAAAUUUGGAGCACCAACCGCUCCCAGAUCGGGUCGACGACCGAGUCUUCGCCAACAUGAAUUUCGGCCGAGCGCGGUCCUGUGGCUCGUUGAACUCCUACAAGGCGCACAAAAAGUACCAGGAAGUGACACCCAAGGUGUUCCAACGGCGACCGCGAAACCAGGGUCUCAGUCAGUUGCCCGGUCCGCUCCUCGGCUGCAAGGUACCCGAGACUCGAAUGGACCUCGCGAUUUGCUGGGACGCGCCGAUCGACCCGAUCUACGAACCUAGAAGGCCGGUUCACAUCGACGGAUCCGACGGCGGUCCGGCUCCGGGGAUCUUCACGCUGGUCCAACACCCGGCCGAAAGUUUCGACCCGGAAAUCUACUCCCCAGAUUUCUCGCGACCCAGGGCGGCGUCCGCUGACCCUGGAAAAUUUGAACGCCUCGUCAAAGCACCGCCUUGUCAGCCGGAAAAGCGGUGCAGACCCGCGACUUCCAAAGAUCAAGGAUCGCGAAGUGGUUCUCCGCGACGCUCGCCCUGCGUCGACGACGACUCUGUCGCCAGGAGCAGAAUCAGCGUCCUCACGAGAUACAAAACGGAAACUGAAGAAGAAGACGACGAGGGUCGGGCCAGGAAACUCCUGGAGGGAUCGAGCAAGUGCCACCUCUGCAAGGGGUUCGGUGACAUCCGGCUGUCCGAGGCCGAACUUGACCUCGCUAAACGCUACACCAGCUCACCUCAAGUUCCGAGACGGGACAAGCGGAAGCACGCUGGUUAUCUCCGGAACUGCUCUGCCUGUGAACAAAGAAGCAAAGACGAAGAGAAGGAGCUACACAGGCGGCAACAGCGACUACAGGCUUUGCAUCCUGCGGGACCCAGGAUGGGGGGCGGUGAUGAUGCCCAGAGGAACGGCCUUCCUACGAGCCUCCACGUGCCCAGACCGAGAACCCCCUUCGCCAGGAGGUCCUUUUGCAUCGACACCCUUACUCCACCCUUCAGCGUCGUCAAGGGAUGUCGAGACGCCGAUUAUCCCGAACACUGGCGGCUUACCACCGUCUAUCAGCAAUCUUACAGACCGCCUCGAAAUCACAAAACCGCCCACCCAUGUCGGAUGAAGAGAUAAUGCGAAAUCGUUGCUC